AUGGAAGAUGAUUUUAAAGAGUUUGCUAGUGACAUAAAUAUUAUUAAACAAUUAAAAAAUUUUAAUGAAGCUGUCAGUAAUAUUGAAAAAUUUUUAAAAAUGUCAGACGAUCCGCUUUUUUAUGAUAAAUUAAAUAAUGAAGAGAAAAUUAAAUAUAAUACACUGAUGUCUUUUCAUUUAAAUAGUUUGUUUUGGAUGCAUUUAAGAGUUCAAGGAGCAGACCCAGCAUUUCAUGAAAUCAGGAACGAAAAUGACAGGUUAAAAAAAGUAAUGGGCAGAGCUCAAGAAUUAUUCAACUCCAAAACACCAGGACCUAGGAUUGAUGUCAAUGCUGCUAAAAGAUUUAUUAGAAGUAGUUUAUGGACACCUAAUAAUAAUGAUGAAGGUAUUAGUGAUGAAACGGAACCUGUGCAAGAUGAAUUUGAGGAUGAUGAUUAUGAAAUUGUAUCUUAA